AUGUCCGACGCGAAGCAGCUCGCUUCUCUUGCUGAGAAGCAGCUAGGCUACGACCUCGACCUCCUGGAUCCUACUAUCGUAAAGCUCUAUCUGGACGAGCUAAAGCUUCAUGCACAGACCAAUCCGGAGGAUACCAAUUUCACGGUCGAGAUGGAACGAGGCGAGCCCCGCGCCGUCCUCUGCCUCGAAACCGGGUGCGACGGUGCUGUGUCUGCCGUACGCCGCCGUAACGGUGGCGAGCGAGGUAUAUCACUCGAUGAGUACCGGGGUCACGUACGCAGCCACCCAACUCACGCAGCAAUGCGCGAUGCUCGUGUCCGAGAGAGCGGAACCACGUUCCCAGCCACACCAACCACCAACCCUCGACCUCGACCCCGUCCUAUUCCCCGUAUCAAGAAGGAAGACAUGCCUCCUUUGCCUUCCACCGCUACCUCUCCUGCCCGCAAGCGCAGUCACUCGACGAUGCAACCCGUCAAGGCCGAGCCACUUGCUAGGAUCAAGGCCGAGCCCAACGAUCUGAUUGACCUUUCCGAGGAUUACUAUGCCGGCGCUACAGGCUUAUCUAAUCGCCCUCUCAAGAGGCAGAAGACCCUCGAGUUGGAAGACGAGACACUUGAGUCGAAGCCCUUGAGCAGUCUCGCCAAUCGUUCUGGGCCUACCUCUGUCACCGUUCGUAAGGACAAGCUACGCGACGAGCUUGCCGACAUCAAGUCGCAACUGGCGAUGGUCGAGAAGAAUCUCCAGGUCAGCCGGCGCAAAUCAGGACAGACCAAGGGCGAUAAAACCCGCUUGGCUACCACCACCGCCCGACGCAACGCGCUACAAGCAAAGAAGGACGAUCUCGAGCGACAAAUUCAUAGUCUCAGCGAGCUGACAGGCUCCUUCUCGUCGCUCUCCUUCAGAGGUUAUGUGAAGAACGAGCCAGCUGAGCCAUUGUUGCCAGUCGCAUCAUCCUCCCGAGCCGUUCCGCCUCGAACUCCGGUCAAGGCGGAGCCACUCCCCGUUCCCACGGCUAUCAAGCGCUCGCCGAACGCCGUCGCCUCCAGCUCAAAGGCUCGUCUGCCUACUCCUCGCGCCGAGCCGUUCAUGGACUUCGACUCCGACGAUGAUACCAAGGACGUCAAGCCCGGCGUCCUGAAUGCGGCCAUUGAGGCUCCGGCGCCCGCAGGCGGGAAGCCGCGCGAUCUCAACGAUCUCGCUCCUCGCCCUGAUCAAUACGACGACGACCCCUACGAUGAAGAGGGCAAUUACUUCGGUCGUGGCAGAGACACCUUUGUCGGCCCUCAAGCACAAGCUGACGAUCUUGACAAGUUCCUUGUCGCCGCCGGUAACGCCGAGAUGUUUGAUGGCAAUGAGACUGUUGGAACGGCUUUGGCCGCGCUUCGACUUCCCGAUCUGACUUCAACGAUGCCGGGAAUGACGGUCGCUCUCAUGCCCCAUCAGGUGAUCGGUGUUGCAUGGAUGCUUCAACGUGAGGGUAGUCCAGUUAAGGGCGGCUGCCUGGCAGACGAAAUGGGUCUCGGAAAGACUGUUCAGACAAUUGCCACUAUGGUCGCGAAUUACCCAAAGAACGGCAACGGCCAUAACAAGACGACUCUCAUUCUCGCUCCUCUUGCUCUGCUCGAACAGUGGGCACAAGAAAUAUCGGAUAAGACUGACGGCAGCUUCAGCACUCUCAUCUAUCACGGCAACAACAAGCCUCGUCACGACGAGAUUCUCGAGUAUGACUUUGUCCUUACCACUCUGAAUACGCUCGCACUCGAGUGGCCGGAUCCCGAAGAGGACUUGCGACGCGAGAAGAAGGAAAAGAAAGGCAAAGCGAAGGCAAAGGCGCGCGACGACGACUUCGUCGUGUCUGAUGACAGCGACGCCCCUGUUACCGCCAGGAGCAAAGGCAACAACAAGAGCAAGCCUAAGAAGCUUGGAACUUUGUUCAAGGUUGCUUGGCUCCGCGUUGUCGUCGACGAGGCGCAUAUGAUCAAGAAUAAGAAGACGAGGGUGUCGCGCGCCGUCACAAAGCUCGUCGCCACCUAUCGCUGGGCUCUGACCGGCACGCCCAUCGUGAACAGUUUACAGGAUGCCUACGGGAUCUUGCGCUUCCUCCAGGUUCGACCCUGGUACGACUGGAAGGAGUUCAACGACCGCAUUGCCAGGAUCGAGCGCAAGAAUCCCAAACUCGCCGCUGAGCGUCUUCAGAGCAUAUAUAAAACGAUCCAACUGCGGCGCAAGAAGGACUCGAAACUCAACGGCAAACCACUCAUUGAGCUCCCUCCUCGCGAAGUCAAGAUCGUCAAGAUCGACUUUUCACAGGAAGAGCGAGACGUAUACUCUAUGAUCGAGAAGAACGAGCAGGCGAAGUUCAAUAGGUUUCUGCGAGCUGGAACCGUACUCAAGAACUACCACCAAAUCUUCGUCAUGCUCUUGCGUCUCCGACAACUCUGCUCCCAUCCUAGCUUGAUACAAGAUGACAAGACGUCUUAUCUGAUCACUGGCGACGGCGACGACGAGCUCACACAGGAAAGCAAAGACGAGCUUUCACGUGCGCAAAAGCUUCUCGGUGUCAACUUCGUGGCAAAGAUGAAGAAUCAGCGCUUGGAGAUCGCCCGGCAGCGCAUCGAAGCGGAGAAGGAUAACAUCGACGCGACGGUAGAGGAGGAGGAGUGCGCGAUAUGUCUGGACUCCCCGAACGAUCCGGUCGUGACUCCUUGCGGUCAUAUCUUCUGCCGAGAGUGUAUCACGGACGUCUUCACCAGGCCGCGCCAGGAAGCUGAUGGCACGUACAACGCCGACAAGGACCGUGAUUGCCCCAACUGUCGCACUAUUAUCUCUCAAGACAAGCUCUUCUCGCUCGCAGCUUUUGAACCCACCGACUUCGAGUUGAACCCCAAGAUUGCUGGUGCGAAGCUGAGCAAGUUCACCGCCAUCGACUCGGAUAUCGAGAUGCUCGACGACUCGGACGACGACGUUAAGCCGGCGCGCAAGGUCAAGGGUAAGGGCAAAGCGAAAGAAAGAGUACAGCCUGGCCGCUCGACCCGACGCCGCGUAUCGUACAUCGACUCCGAGGAUGAUGAUGAACACUCCGAGCUAGAUGAUGAGCUCUCCGAUUUCAUCGUGGACGACGACGAAGACGACGACGAGCAUGAGGCCCGUCGUUCCCUCCAGAAGAAACUCGCCGUCAAGGGUAAGGCUCCUGCUAAGAAGUCUAUGCGUCGCAAGGGCAUCGUUCUGGACUCGGAGGACGAGUUCGAGGAAGAGGAAGAAGAGGUGGUCUUCGGCAGGCCGAAGAAAGAGAAGGUCGAGGUCGUCCUCGACCCAGAGCAAGUCAAGCUCAUGCCCAAGUUCCUCCCAUCCGCCAAGAUGAAGCAUAUGAUGGACACUAUUCUUUCAUGGCACGAGAAGCAUCCCGACGAGAAGAUUCUGGUCAUCUCGCAGUGGACGUCGUGCCUCGAUCUCAUCUCGAACUACCUGAUCGAGAAAGAGGUCGUGCACGUGCAGUAUCGCGGCGACAUGACGCUUCCCAAACGUGAACUGGCCGUCAGGGUCUUCCAGAGUCGCGAGAAGGCACGGAUCAUGUUAAUCUCGCGCGCUUGCGGAGGCGUUGGCUUGAAUCUUACUCGUGGUAACCGCGUCAUCUGUAUGGACCUUGCCUGGAGCGAGGCAGUCGAGAACCAAUCGUGGUCCCGCGUUCAUCGUCUCGGACAACAGCGUCCCGUCGUCGUAGAGCGUUUCAUCAUCAAGGAUACGAUAGAGGAUCGUAUCCUCGCUCUGCAAGAGAAGAAGCGCCUCCUUGCUGAUGGCUCCCUCGGCGAGGGUAAUGGGCGGAAAUUGGGUCGCUUGUCAGUUCGUGAACUUGCAGCGUUGUUCAACAUCAACGCUUGA